AGAAAGGAAGGGGUUGUUUCGGUGCGGCCAUUUCUCCCAUCUUCGGACUCUGCACACCUUGCAGAGCUUCCAGCAGCGCCAUGCUGGGACAGAGCAUCCGGAGGUUCACGACCUCCGUGGGCCAUAGAAGCCACUGUGAGGAGGGUCCAGGGAAGAAUCUGCCAUUUUCAGUGGAAAGCAAGUGGCAGUUACUCGUUAUGAUGACUUUGUACUUUGGAUCUGGAUUUGCUGCACCUUUCUUUAUAGUAAGACACCAACUACUAAAGAAAUAA